AGCCCCUCUGACUCAAACUUGACCCAUCAAUUUCCCCCUCUUCUAUGUUCUGACAUGACAUUGGCAUCCAAACCCAGCCACCUCUGUCCCCAUUCAAUUCCGUUUCUCUCUCCUCUUUCUCUCUCUAUAUUCACUCUCUCUCUCUCUUUCGCUCACUCGUCCUUCGUCUGCUGUUUCAAAGUUCAUAGCAGUUUCGUUUUUUUCUCCGUUCUCUCUCUCAUAUCUGUCUCUCAGGACUAGGUUGUAUUUGUACUGUAGAAUGAGUAGACCAACAACACGAGGUAAAAAUAAAAGGCACAGACAAGGGGAUGAUGGCAACUGGAAAAUGGAAAUAUGGAGGAAAAUUCACAAUAGUGGUGCGGUAACUCAGGAUGAUAUGAAUCAGUUAUAUAUGAUCUGGAAGCCAGUUUGUUCAGGCUGUCGGGUCAAUAGCAAAGAUAACCCAAAUUGCUUUUGUGCAUUGGUUCCACCUCUAACUGGAUCUCGAAAAUCUGGCUUAUGGCAGAAGAUGUCCGAUUUUCUUGAAGGUCUUGGCCAUGAUCCGUCCAAGGAUCUACGGGCAUCUGCCAAUUCUCCUGCAGGUCUCACAAAUCUGGGUGCAACAUGCUAUGCCAACAGUAUACUUCAGUGUUUGUAUAUGAAUCAAUCUUUUCGAGAAGGCAUCUUUUCUGUAGAGCAAGAUGUUUUACAACAACAGCCUGUGCUGGAUCAGCUCACCCGACUUUUUGUGCAGUUGCAUAUUAGCAAAAUGGCUUUCAUAGAUUCAUCUCCUUUUGUAAAAACUCUUGAAUUAGAUAAUGGAGUUCAGCAGGAUAGUCAUGAGUUUCUGACAUUGCUUCUCUCUUUGCUCGAGGGUUGUCUAAGCCAUUCGAAGGUGCCCCGAGCACGAACCAUAGUUCAAGAUCUUUUCCGGGGAAGUGUGUCUCAUGUGACAACGUGCUCACAAUGUGGAAGAGACUCUGAAGCUUCUUCCAAGAUGGAAGAUUUCUAUGAACUGGAGUUAAACGUCAAAGGGUUGAAAAGUUUAGAUGAGAGUCUUGACGAAUAUCUAACUGUUGAAGAGCUUAAUGGAGACAAUCAAUAUUUUUGUGAGUCAUGUAAAAGAAGAGUUGAUGCUAGUCGCAGCAUCAAGCUGUGUACACUGCCGAAAGUACUUAAUUUUCAACUUAAACGAUACGUCUUCCUCCCUAAGACUACAACAAAGAAGAAAGUUAAUUCUGCUUUCUCAUUUCCUGCUGAACUUGAUAUGCGACAUAGAAUGUCGGAGUUGUCUCAGUUUGAUUUGGUGUAUGAUCUGUCAGCUGUACUGAUUCACAAGGGAACUGGUGCUAAUAGUGGUCACUACAUUGCACAUAUUAAGGAUGUAAACACUGGGCAAUGGUGGGAAUUUGAUGAUGAGCAUGUUACUAAUUUGGGUUGUCAUCCAUUUGGUGAAGGGUCUUCAAAUUCUACCUCUAAAUCGAUCAAGACUGAGGUAAUUCAGUCUGAAAAUUCUCAAGCGAUGAUAGCUGACAGUAAUGGAAAUGGUUUGAAUACCUCUCAUUCACAAUCUUCACUUGUGGAGACAUUUUCGUCUAGUGAUGCGUACAUGUUGAUGUACCAUCUUAAACAUUCGAAAAAUGUAGGUGAAAGUGGGAAUGUAAUUUGUGGCGCUAGGCAUAAUGAAAGAGAGGGAGUUGCAGUUGCUUUGCAAAAUGGCGAUUCUCUUCUGUGUCAUAUUUAUGAUGAGAUUCAAAAUUUUAAUUCAUCAUAUGAAGAGGCUUGUAUGCAGUACACUAAGAUGAAAGAGUUUGAAGUGGGUCGUAUUACUGGGAGGAGACAGGAGGUUCGAUCUGUUUUAGCUGAGGCUCCUGUUCAACCUUUGGAGCAACCAUUUUACUGGAUUUCUAACGAAUGGCUUCGCCACUGGGCUGACAACAUUGUUCCAAUUCCUCUUGACAACUCGCCUGUCCAAUGCCCACACGGGAAAGUCCCAGUUUCAAAGGUUACCUCAAUGAAACGAUUGUCUCCCAAAGCAUGGGAUAUGCUGUUCUCCAAGUAUGGUGGGGGGCCAGCAUUAUCUCAUGAUGACCAUUGUUUGGAUUGCCUGAUUCAUGGGGCCAAGACUGUGGUUUCAGCUGACACCUAUCGGGAUAGAAGAGAAUCAAUGAAAUCACUUGCAAGAGAUAUUCUAGAUGGAAACUGCCCGGAUGGAAAGUUUUACAUAUCCAGACCAUGGUUGCAACAGUGGUGGAAAAGAAAAGUUCUUGAUGCUCCAUCUGAAGCCGAUGCUGGGCCAACAGCAGCCAUUAGUUGUCCACAUGAUCAACUGAUGCCUGAGCAAGCUCCUGGUGCUAAGCGGGUGCUUAUUCCUGAGAGUUUUUGGCUCUUCUUACAUGAAGAUGCUGUUUCUGUAAAGCCUGAUGAUCCUUUGGGUGGCCCAACAUUUUCUUCAGAUUCAGAAGAGUGUUCCCUAUGCAGUAAUGAAUUAUCAGAAGUAGCAUGCUUGGAGGACUCCUUGAGAUUAGUUAAACAAAAGCAACGUCAGAGUCAUGAGAAAUUAUUCCAGGCUAAAAGUCUGCCACUUUUUCUAAACUGCAAGUAUUUCUUGGUGCCUUCAUCAUGGAUUAGUAAAUGGCGAAAUUACAUCAAUCCAACCUUGAAGAAUUCUGAUAAACCUGAAACUUUAGAUGGGGCAAUUGAUUCAUUUUUAUGUGAGAAGCACUCACAGCUUCUUGAAAGACCUCCUGAAUUGGUUUUCAGACGCGGUGCCAUAUUCCAGAAGGAGUCUUCUGUUGGUGGCUUAACCAUUGUAUCUGAGAAUGAUUGGAAAAGCUUCUGUGAAGAAUGGGGUGGUAUUGAGACUAAAGGAAUCUCUGCAACUAUUGAUCAUACUAAUGAUCCGGACAAUGUUUUGGCUGGAUCCAGUGAAGAAAUGCUGACAUGCAAGGAUCAGUUGGGCACAGCAGAUAAAAUGAAUUAUGAAAAUGGAACUGGACAAAUCUUCAUCAAGACUUGUCCUAAGGUUUGUGAAAAUUGCAUUGGAGAAAAAGAGAGCUGUAAGCUAAUGCAGAAGCUUAAUUAUUGCAACGAGGACAUAUGUGUUAUUCUUGUCCGUGGUAAGGAGGUACCAAGAUCAAUGUUGGAGGCUUCUAAGGGGUCUGUUGAAACAGAUAGGAGGGUUUCCAAGCGCUCCCGUAAGACUAAAAACGGCAGUUCAAUUAGUCUAAAAGUUUCUGCUUCAACAACUUUAUAUCAGCUGAAAAUGAUGAUAUGGGAAUCCUUUGGGGUCGUUAAGGAAAAUCAAAUCCUGUAUAAAGGUGAUAUGAUGAUUGACAGUGAUAAUGAAUUUGUUACCCUUGCGGAUGUGAACAUAUUUGCUGGAGAUCAGAUUAUAGUGAGAGACUCUGAGAUUCAUGAAAAUCGAGAUAUUGCUGAUGAGCUUUGCGAUGAUAAGAAGGAUCUGCAACAUACCGAAGAAGGGUUCCGUGGAACGCUACUUACAGCAAAUGUUUCAUCCCAGGUUGUUUAAGAACCGCACUUUCACGAGCUGAUAUAUCUCUGUAACAUCUUUUUGUUGCUGUAUAUAUCAAGAAAAGCUGGAUGAAGCAGUCCAUGUGCCUGGUGCUUUUCAACUGUCAACAGCUAUUUUAUCCUUCAAAGCCUGGGUAAAGGCAAAUUUUGGAAUGUAUUAAUGUGCUAGUAACGUAUGGUACUUCUGUGGUUAUCUGAGUAAGUGGUUAUUUCUGUAUGAGUCUAGAAAAACAAUUGUUGUUUUUAGUUUACUUAUUUAUCAUGAAUAUCUUUCAGUUAAACAUUAAGUCCGUGUCUUUUGUUCGAGUACAUUAUCUGAGGAAUAGUUCCAGUUCAAAAAUUGCGAAUUAUCAGUUAUUGUUGGGGUUACAUCAGUUUUUAACAUGAA